CCUCUUCUCUACCUAGACUCCCCGCAGCUCCAGACCUGGUGUCGAAGCUGCUCUCCACUUUUCCUGCCUUUAUCCAUCUUCUUUCACUCUAAACAUGCGUUUCAACACUGGUAUCGCCUUUGGCGUGCUCUACGCCCUCGCCACGGCCGGCCAGGUGGCUGCCGACAGCUCGCGCUGGUCCUUCCGCCGCGGUGCCGUCGCGAAGCGCGGCGACGAGGCUGCGGCCUACGGCACCGAGGCCGCUUCCCCCUCUGGUGAGGCCCCUGCCUCCGAGACCUCGGCCGCUGCGCCCGAUGCCUCGUCCGCUGUCAACGGCACCUACAUCAAUGAGGACGGCGUCGAGUGCGACGAGGAGGGCAACCCCAUUACCAACGGCACCACCCCCACUGGUGAGGGUGAGGGUGGCAAUGCCACUUCGCCUCUCCCGACCCCGGAGGCCAACGCGACCGCCCCCAUCGGUAACGAGACUGCCCCGGCCGGCAACGAGACCGCUCCCCAGGCCAACGCGACUUCGCCUGUCCCCACCCCCAGCGGCAACGUCACCGUUCCCACUGGCAACUCGACUUCCAACGGCACUGCUGAGGACGACGAGGACUGCGACGAGUACGAGGACGAGGACGGCGCCAACUCGACCUCCCCCACGCCCGGCGCUGGCAGCAACACUACCACUCCCAGCGGCAGCGGCUCGUCGACUUCGCCCAUCCCCACCACCGGCAGCGAGGAUGACGAGGACCUCCCUUGGUGCGACGAGAUUGAGGAGGAGACCCCUGGUUCGGGCUCCGCCACUGCCCCCAGCGGCUCGUCUCCCAGCGGCUCGCCCAGCACCGGCUCUUCGCCUAGCGGCUCGCCUAACGCUGGCUCGUCGCCCAGCGGCUCGCCCAACACUGGUUCGGCGAACCCGGCUUCGCCCAGCUCUGGCUCGACCAACUCCGGCAUGCCCGACACCGGCUCGUUCCCUAAGAACGACGGCCCCGGCGACUCGGGCUCGUCCAACUCGCCGACUUCGCCUGCUCCUCAGGGCCCCGCCGCUCCUGCUGAGUCGUGCGACGGCGCCACUGUCACCGUCACUGUCACCGUCACCGCCCCUGGCGCCGGCGCCACUGGCGGCUCGAACUCGCCUGCCGGUUCGAACACGCCCGCGCCUGCUGGCUCUAACUCUGGCUCGAACUCCGGUUCUAACUCUGGCACUCCCUCGGGCUCCAGCCCCGCCUCGCCUUCCGGCUCCACUUCGGGCUCAAACCCGUCCGCUGGUGGCUCGACCAACUCGCCCUCGCCCUCGCCCUCGGGCGAUGACGAGUACGACGAGGACUGCGAGGACGAGGAGACUGGCACUGAGACCUCGCCCGUGACCCCCACGCCUGAUGAGGACGAGGAGGACUGCGAGGACGAGGAGGAGGCUGCCCCCAGCGCCAACGCCACCGCCGCUGCCUCCCCCAGCCCUUCCAACGCCGGUAACGCCACUGCGCCUAUCGUGUCGGGUAUUGCCAACGCCACUGCCCCCGUUGCGUCGGACGCCGCCAAUGCCACCGCCCCUGUCGAGUCGGCCGCUGCCAACGCGACCGAGAGCGCGGCCGCGGCUCCAUCGGCUGACGGCGAGUGGGCACAGGAGGCUCCCGUCUACCGCCGCUGGAAGCACUGGCGUGGCUAAGGCCCAUGCCCCCUCAUAAACUUUCCUUCGUCCUCCAUGAGUCUCCCAUGGACCUUUUUCACGCUAUACAUACCUGCUGAGCGCCGGUCGCGAUGCAUGCCCUCAUGAUUUGAUGCAGAGUAGAAUGACUUUGGAACUUGUGUAUACAUGUUUGCGGUACAACGUGUUAAGCGGGGCGUGGUCAAGGGGUGACAGUUAUCCGCAUGCGCUUCGGCAAG